AUGACUAAGACUGAUGACGAACUUAAAUUACUUCAUGAGAAAAUUCUACUUAACCUAGCUUCGAAUUUAGAAGAAGAGGUAGAUAUGGUUCUUGCGUGGCUCAAUCCCACAUUCCAACCACAAAUACCGACAUUACGAAUUAAACAAUGUUUGAAAGUUGUGUUAGAGCAGAGCGAUGAAAGAACGCGGUUUCUCAUCGAGCAGUACUACCUCACGCUUAUACGAACGCAUUUCUUCUUACAAUUUGAUGAUAUAGUCAACUGGAAGGAUAUGAUCAAGCUAGAGAAACUAUACAUAUCUAAGGUCGAAUUCAUGUUUGGAACGUCAGUAUACUGGAUAAAGGAGGAGAUGAUUUCAUUCAAACGGUUGUUGAUGAAAAAGAAUAAUGAAUUCAGGAAACAAUUGCAUGCGAAAUUAGAGUCACAUAUUCUCGAUAAUGAUCUAGUUAGGUUUGAUCAAAUGUAUCAAUGGUUGGCACCGGCAUUUGAUGGACAAGAGAUUGAGUUCAAUGUUAGGAUAAUAAACCUAAAAGUAGAUCAGAUGUCACAGAAACUAAUGAAAAAUAAGAUUGACGAUCGAUACUUAGUAAUGAACACUUAUAACCAUUUCAUCAAAGAUUUUUGGUCCAAGUUCUCCAAGUUGUUGAUUAUAGAAGAUGAUCAUGAAUUGACAGCCAUAAUAUAUCAAUCUUUCGAGAAAAACUAUAUCAAAUAUAAAUGCGACGAGUUUUAUACGGAUAUUGUACCGAAAUUUCCUGCUUCGAGGAAAUGCUUGCUUGAAUUGAGGAGCAUCCUGAAUAAAGACAUAAAAACUGUCGGCACAAAAGUGCUUGAGACCUUAUAUCACGGAUUUGUAUCAAGGUUUCUCACCUCAAGUCUUUUAACUUGCGAAAUACUGUAUUAUUACAUUAAGACGGUGAAAUGUUUAAAGAUAAUUGAUCCGAUGGGCAUUUGUCUCCGAUCGCUAUCAAAGGCGGUAAGAGUAUAUUUGAAUCCAAGACCGGAUAUUAUAAAAACGCUACUACUCGGGAUAUUUCCAUUCCAAAAUAAUGAACGGUUCAAAAUUGCAUCAUCAACUGAUGGUAGUUCCGUACAUCUUGAAAAGUUAGAGCAAUUUUCGAGAGAGGUCGGUGAUUUCUCAAUGGGUCCCGAAUUACCCACCGCGUUGCCUUGGUUCAACCAGCCCCAUCUACCUCGGUGUACUUACGAUGGAGACGAUCAACUUUUGAAACAGUAUUUGAACUGGGUACCGGAACCCCCAAGAAUCAAACUUGAUGUGGAAGAUUUUGCUGACAAUGAUGGCAAAUAUGUCCCACCGGUUGAUUUGAUCCAUGUGCUAUUAGACGUACUAGAGUCAAAGAGAACAUUAGUGGACGAUCUCUUAGGUGUUGUAAGUGGUAAAUUUAUUGAAUCUGAGGAAUAUUCCUUAGAUCCAGAAUGGCAGAGAAUAAUGGAUAUUAUAUUGAAUCACUUGGAAGGGACAAGAAAAGGUACUGUUACAUCAGAGGAAGCCGAUUUAACCCACCUCAAUGAUGUAGAUAUCAUGCUCGAAGACCUAAGAUUAAGCAGCCAAUUCAGAAAUCAAGUAGCCCAUAAAAAUAACUCUCAUUUUGAGAAUUUCCCCCAUAUUAAGAUCCUUUCCAAACUUUAUUGGAGACAUUAUCAGAACCUGAAUGGAAGACUCGUUACUACGAAAUACAAAUGGGACAGCGAAAUGGAACCUUUGAUUCAAAAAUUAACGAAAGUGUACGAAAGAUUGAAUACUGGAAGGACGCUAAAAUUUGAUACUGGAUCUAGUAGCCGAGUUUCAAUCAAUAUAGUUACGAAAUCAGGCGAAAGACGAUUCUUCAAAGUGACAAUGGAACAAUAUUUGGUGAUAUCACAUUUUCAAAACGAGACAAACGGCAGAAAUGCUCCUGGUAUGAUGGCUGACUGUAAUUACGUUAUACCUGAGAGAAGGUAUACAUUGAAAGAUCUCCAUAAAAUGACAUCAAUGCCCAGACAGAAAAUUCUUGACAUCCUUUCGUUCUGGCAACAAAAGGAAAUUGUUACUAAACAUUCAGAUGAUUCUUAUAGUGUACAAGAAGGAAUAUAA